AUGUCGGAUCUUAUCCAUCUUGAGAACCCGCCUCUGAUCUACGAGCAGUCGCUCGGUAAGGAUGCAGCAGUACAGGAGCAUGUCGUGCCUACUAUGGAGGCGCGGGCGGAGAGGGAGGAGCCUGUCGUUACGAGGAAGGAACUCUGGAGUUAUUACUUGUACUACAACGGUGAUAAUGGCGUCGGGCCUCUCGGUUUUUCGAUGACGCUUUUUCAGUCGCUUGCCACCUCCGCAGGCUACGACCCCGUCAAAGGUCCGGGCUCGUCCUGCACAGCAUCUGGCGCAUCUGGCCAGUGCGUCCUUCCAUGGGCGGGUGGCACGAAGUCUGUCAACUCAAUCGUGCUCGUCGCGACUGGGGUUAGCUUUGCGGUCAUGGCGCUCAUGUUUACUACGAUCGGCUCUGCAGCAGAUUACGGCCGCUUCGGUCGCUGGCUCCUGUUUGUCGUCACCGUGAUUUGUUGGGCGUCGCAGUUUGCGAGCAUGUCCUUGACGAGUCCCGAUAAGUGGGGUGCGGCAAUGGCGCUUUACAUGGUCGGCUUCAUUUCGUACGGAGCGACACUCGUGUUCUAUGCAGCUGCGUUCCCGCGUCUUGCUCGUAACACGUCGCACUCGCGCGACCUCAAGCGCAAAUAUGAAGCCAGAGAGAUUUCGCGGGAGGUGUACGAGGUCGAAGAGUCCAUGGAGAAAAAUAGGAUCAGUAACAUCAGUUCGAUGCACAGCGCCGUUGGUUACAUUGCCACGUUAUGCUUGAACCUCACGUUGCUGCUCCCGCUGCAGAACAACCCCAAAGUUGACAACUACGUACUCGUCCUUGUCAAUGGCUAUUGGGUCCUGCUCGGCAUAUGGUGGUUCAUCUUCCAACAGCCUCGCCCAGGUCCACAGCUGCCCAAGGGUGAACAUUACCUCACGGUUGGCUGGAAGCAAAUCUGGUACGCACUGAAGCAGCACAAGAAGCUGCCAUACACCUUCGUCUACCUAUUCGCAUUCUUCCUCCUUGCGGACGGACUGAACACGACCGGUACUCUGGUUUCCAUAUGCCAGAAUGACAAAUUCUCGUCCUCAUUCCUGCAGAACACGUACCUUGGCCUUGCACAGGCGAUCACGUCGGCCGCCAGUACACUCGAGUUCUGGUAUGUCCAGAGGUGGCGGAAGAUCAGCACUAAGAAGAUGUUUAUUGUGACGAACGUCGUCACGAUUUUGAUUCCGCUCUGGGGGAUGAUUGGCCUUUGGACGGAUAAGCUUGGAUUCCACAAUGUCUGGGAGUUCUGGGCUUACAACGUUGUAUUUGGCCUCUUCCAAGCCCCAUACUACGCCUACUCACAGACUAUGAUGGCCGAGCUUACACCUCCAGGUUUCGACAAUAUGACGCCGAAUAACAAACUGCAGUUCUUCGGGCUCUUUGGUCUCUCGAACCGUGCCUCGUCGAUGAUUGGCCCAAACGUCGUCCAGGCGAUCAUCGAUGAUACGGGGAAUAACUGAGGGGUUUCCCAUUCCUCUUCGCGAUCUGCACCGCCGCUAGCCUCAUUAUCUGGUU